AUGAACUCCACCUUGGAUGGUGAUCAGAGCAGCCAUCCUUUCUGUCUCCUUGCACUGGGCUACUUGGAAACUGUCAGUUUUUGUCUUUUGGAAACACUGAUUGUUGUCUUUCUAGCCAUAUUGAUUAUUUCUGGCAACAUCAUUGUGAUUUUUGUGUUCCACUGUGCACCUCUGUUGAACCAUCACACUACAAGUUAUUUUAUCCAGACAAUGGCAUAUGCUGACCUCUUGGUUGGGGUAAGCUGCCUGGUCCCAUCCUUGUCACUACUCCACUACCCUCUUCCUAUGGAGGAGGCCAUGACUUGCCAAGUAUUUGGCUUUGUAGUGUCAGUUCUGAAGAGUGUCUCCAUGGCUUCUCUGGCCUGUAUCAGCAUUGAUAGAUACAUUGCCAUCACUAAGCCUUUAACCUAUAGUACGCUGGUUACUCCCUGGAGACUACGCCUUUGUAUUUUUCUGAUUUGGCUAUAUUCCACCCUGGUCUUCCUGCCUUCCUUCUUCCACUGGGGCAAACCUGGAUAUCAUGGAGAUAUAUUUCAGUGGUGUGCAGAGUCCUGGCAUACCAAUCCCUACUUCACAUUGUUCAUCGUGGUGAUGCUGUAUGCCCCAGCUGCCCUCAUUGUCUGCUUCACAUAUUUCAACAUCUUCCGCAUCUGCCAGCAGCACACAAAAGAAAUCAUCAAAAGGCAAGCCCGAUUCAGCAGCCAGAAUGGGGAGACUGGGGAAGCCCAGACCUGUCCUGAUAAGCGCUAUGCCAUGGUCCUAUUCAGAAUCACCAGUGUGUUUUAUGUCCUCUGGUUGCCAUACAUCAUCUACUUCCUGCUGGAGAGUUCUACUGGCUGCAGCAGCCGCCUUGCAUCUUUCCUGACUACCUGGCUUGCUAUUAGUAACAGUUUCUGCAACUGUAUCAUUUAUAGUCUCUCCAACAGUGUUUUCCAACAAGGAUUAAAGGGCCUCUCAGGGGUUGUGUGUACUUCUUGUGCAAGUCACAUUACAGCCAAGGACCCUUACACAGUUAGGAGCAAAGGACCCCUUAAUGGAUGUCAUAUCUGA